AGUCUUCCCAGUCCAAAGAUCUAACAAUAUGGGUUCUACAAUGUUUACUUCAAACCCGGAGUCUCAAAUGUGUGAUAAUAGCUUUGAUUUUAGGAGCUUCCGUUGGAUCAGGACUAUGAUCUAUGCCAUAAAGCAGAUUAAUAAUAACAUUUACCUGCUCCCUAAUAUAUCAGUUGGCUAUGCAAUCUAUGACACUUGUGAUAAUAUAGCAGAAACAAUAAAACAGAUGUUCUCGCUGAUCUCUGGAUCCGAAGCUGAAGCAAAAGAUAUACCAAACUAUCAAUGCCAGGAGAAGUCUACAUUAUCUGCAGUUAUUGGUGAAUCAGCUUCAGUUAUAUCCAUAGCAAUGGCAAGGAUAUUGGGCACCUACUACUAUCCACAGGUCAGCUACUUUUCCUCCAUCAAUGUUCUGAGUAAUAAACAUGAAUUUCCUUCCUUCUUUCGUACCAUACCAAGUGACACAUUUCAGACCACUGCCUUGGCGGCCAUAGUAGAACAUUUUGGCUGGAAGUGGGUUGGCACCUUAGCCGAAGACAAUGAUUAUGGGAAUGUUGGAGUCCAGCUCUUCUCUGAGCAGGUUGAACGGCUUGGAGUCUGUAUUGCAUUCUCAGAGACAAUUCCUUUAGUAUAUUCCAAGACUAAAUAUCUGCAGGUUGUUGAAACUAUAAAACAAUCCUCAGCUAAUGUUAUCAUUGUAUUCUCUGGAGACACCAACUUAGUACCACUGGUUUGGGAGAUAGCCAAGCAAAAUAUUACUGGCAGAACUUGGCUGGCAAGUGAAGGCUGGAGCACAUCUGCUUUUGCCAUAGAAAAGGAGCAUACCAAUUUUUUUAGUGGCACUUUGGGAUUAGCAAUACCCACAGGGCGCAUUCCAGGCCUUAAGAAUUUCCUAUUGCAGCUGAACACUCAUCAGGAACCUGUAGAUAGUAUUACAAAAUCAUUUUGGGAACACAUAUUCAAGUGCUCCUGGCCUGACCAUACUAAACCACAAAACAACAUGACUGUUUGCACUGGCAAUGAGGAUCUGUCAUCAGUGACCAAUACAUAUACAGAUGUGUCACAGCUGAGAAUUAGCUACAAUGUCUACAAUGCAGUAUAUGCUAUUGCACAUGCGCUCCAUAGCUUAUUGUCUUGUGACAAUGGGCCUUGUACAAUAGGAAGCAAUCUGCAACCCUAUCAGUUGGUAAAAGCCUUAAAAGCUGUCAAUUUAACAGAUAUAGAUGGAAUUUAUCACCAUUUUGACAAAAAUGGAGAUUCAGUGGCAAAGUAUGAUAUUGUUAACUGGCAGAUGGGUGAAAGUGGCUUUCUAAUCUAUAAGAAGGUAGGAAGCUACUAUGGCAGUACCAUUAUGGACCAUCAGCUAGUGAUUGAUGAACAGAUGACCUUGUGGAAUGGAGACCAGUCUCAGCCUCCACUAUCAGAGUGCAACAAAAGCUGCAAACCUGGAUUUAGGAAAAGUAUCUUACCUGGACAACCAGUCUGCUGCUUCAGUUGUAUUCCAUGCCCAGAUGGUGAAAUAUCCAACGGAACCGAUUUUGCUGAGUGUAUAAAGUGCCCACCAGACUACUGGUCCAACAGGAACAGAAAUGCAUGUAUUCCCAAGGAGGUAGAUUACCUGUCUUUAGAAGAGCCACUUGGAAUCACAUUCACUGUAGCUGCUGGGUUGGGUAUCUGUCAGACUCUUAUGGUUCUAGCAGUGUUUAUAAAAUAUAGGAAUACCCCAAUUGUCAGAGCCAACAACCUAGAAAUGAGCUUCCUGCUCCUUAUGUCGUUGACAUUAUCUUUCAUUGGAGCCUUUACAUUCAUUGGAGAACCCUCUAGUUACCUGUGUGUUCUUAGACAAAUAGUAUUUGGCAUAAGCUUUGUCUUAACUAUAUCAUGUAUCCUAGUGAAGACUUUAGUUGUCAUUCUAGCUUUUACAAUGUCAAGGCCCAACCAGGGUGUGAUGAAAUAUUUCCACCCAUCUCAUCAGAGAAUACUAGUUGGAUUCACAACAAUUAUUCAGAUUAUUAUCUGCAUUGGGUUUUUAUCAUCUGCUUCUUCUUUUACAAAGAAAAACAGGGAAAGUGUAAUGACCAAGAUCAUUUUAGAGUGCAACCGGGAGUCGGAGCUUACAUUCCUAGUUUCUUUUGGCUAUAUUGGCCUGCUGGCAGUAUUUUGCUUCGUCUUAGCCUUUAUGGCCAGAAAUUUACCAGACAGUUUUAAUGAAACAAAGUUUAUAACAUUUAGUUUAUUGGUGUUUGUCAUGGUCUGGGUGAGCUUCAUUCCUGCUUAUGUUAGUACAAGUGGCAAAUAUGUUACAGCAGUGGAAAUCUUUGCUAUUCUGUCAUCCGCUGCUGGAUUGCUUGCUUGUAUCUUCUUCCCAAAAUGUUACAUCAUAUUGCUAAAGCCAGAGAAGAACUCAAAGAAAAAUCUUACCCGGCAGCGCUAA